AUGACAACUGUCGGAGGAAAAAAGUUUUUUUUUUCGAAUACAUUUGAGCAGCCGCUUGUCGUCGUGGGUCUGUUCGGACAGUAUUUAUUGCAGGCCCGGGUGCUUAACAAAAAUUUCUGCGACAAAUCUGGAUGUGUCUGUGAGGUGGAUGCUAUCAGAUGUGUUGGUGUCAAUCCGAACAGUUUCGAUCAAACCGUUAUUGCUCAGCUUAUGCCUUACGUUCGUAGUGUAUCAUUCACAAAAUGUUCUCAGGUACGCGUGGGAAUCGAGACCUCAAAUUCUCUCGAUUUGCAUAUUUUUUCGAAUUUCUCCUCACUGCGGUCCAUUGCUAUUCAUAACUGUGGCUUGCAGCAAUUUAUUUCUACUGCUGGGAAUUUUAAAAAUUUGCGCAUUUUGGAUUUAAGUAACAAUAAUUUGUGGAAUUGGGAUGAGACAUGUGGAGCACUUAAUAAUGCAUCAUCAUCAUUGCAUAAAGUUGAUCUGUCACAUAACGAGUUCGUUGAAUUAUCAUCUACGGGCGAUACUGUUUGUAAAAUCAAUCGAUUACAAUACCUCAAUUUCUCCCAAAAUCGGGUAGUGGAGUUGAAAACAGUGCCAGAUGCGCUGGUUCUCGAUUUUACAUCGAAUCAUCUGUCACACAUUGCCGGAGAAUGGCCUUUUUCUUUGAUAGAUUUAUAUUUAUCGAACAAUCCGUCACUGGAGCAGUUGCCGUCAUUUUCCCUUGCCCCUCAUCUAACCUCCGACAGCUUACAACUUUAUAGUGUUAUUGGUAUGCUUCCUUCAAAUGUUGUGGAUUUUCGAUUAACAAAUGCGCAUAUAACCCAUCUUCCGUUGAAAUUUUUUUCAAGGGCAAAAAAUCUUAAUUUUGUUCAGUUGACGCCGAAUAAUUGGAGCUGUGAUGAGUGUGCAGUAAAAUGGGCGACUAUGCUACCUCGUCACCUGCAGCUACAAUUCACCUCUUGCGGUAUUUCUAGGCGGGUUCCCAAUGGUACCAAAUUCAUUGUACGGGUUCCUUAUGCAGAAACUGCAGUUUUGCCAUGUGAUGGUUAUGGUGAUUCUCCUUUAACCAUUAACUGGUGGUUGGUAAGGCCGGAGACAUUGAUUGGAACAUAUAAUGAUCAAAGUAAUGUUGUCUCGAUGAACUGGUCUCGCGACGGUAUCUAUAAAAUUCUUCGUGGCGGUCCGCUGAUUAUCAGGAAUGCUAGUAAACAUCUGGUUGAACGGUACUGUUGUAUUGCGUCUAAUUCAAAGGGUAAUGUUACACAAAUAGUGCAUUUUCGUCUGGAUUAUUCGAGUUGGUAUCGACUAGCAAUGUCCGAAUCGGUGUUCUGGGGGAGUAUUCUCGCAGCAGUGAUCACUUGUUUUGUUACAUUUAUUCUUAAUCUUCUCUGGAUUACUUGCCGCAAUGUUGGCUUAUGGUGGCUUAAAAGAAGCGGUAAGCGUUUUUUUUUUUUAAUUUUUUGGUCUUUAUCAGCUUACUGA